UUUAGUUCUGUGUCUACGUUCGCAACGUGCGCGGUGUGUGUUGCAAGUGUUAGUCAAAAAACGACCGUGAUGGCACUUGCACUCUUCGAAGCUGCCAUGGAACUGCUAGACCCUGACAGCGACGACGAUUUCGACGACAGCGAUGGCAGUGACAGCGACGAGGAGUUCGACGACGUCUGCGUUGCGGUCGCCUGCGCGUUGGUGCGUGAAGAUGCCAUUCGUGUGCCUGGCUACGAGGAGGUUGUAAACAGGUACCAAGAGUACGAGUUCAAAAGGCUGUUCAGGCUAUCCAGGGAAACGUUCGACUGGGUCAGUGGCAGAUUCAGGAUUUCGGCUUUCUAUCCGAGCGCAGUUCAAGGCCGUCCACAAAUAUCUGCAGAAAAAACAAGCCUCAUAGCAUUGGUGUACAUCGGGUCACAAAUGUCGAUGUACGCCAUAGCCGACAAGUUCGAUGUUACUGAAUCAUCCGUGCACGCUUGCGUGUCACGGGUCAUUUAUUUCCUGCACGCUAUUAGCGGUGAAGUAAUAUGCUGGCCCAGUAGCGUGGAAGUGAACCGCAUCAAAGCCGGUUUCCUCGCCAAGAGCGGUGGUAAGGGCCCGAAGAACGCCAUCGGCUGCAUAGACGGGUCGCAUAUCCAGAUCCUAACCCCCAGCGAAUCGGCACAGUCUUAUUUUAAUCGAAAGAAGUGGCCGUCCAUCAUCCUCCAAGGAAUAUGUGACGACAGGAACAAGUUCCUGAAUGUUUUCAUCGGCUUUCCGGGAUCGGUGCACGACGCCCGCGUAUUAAGGGAAAGCCCGUUUUUCGAAUGUGCAGCCUCGCAGUGUGGCGAGAACUACAUUCUUGGGGACAGUGCGUACCCCUUGAUGCCUUGGUUAAUGACACCUUUCAGGGACAAUGAGGGCUCUUUUCCAUCAUGGAAAAGAAACUUCAAUAGACGACACAGUCAACAAAGAGUGUCAAUUGAGAACACUUUUGGGAUGCUUAAGCAGCGCUUCAGGAGAUUGUACAAUGUGGACACCAAAAGUGUUGCACAAAGCUGCUAUAUUGUGAUGGCCGCAUGUGUUUUACAUAACCUGUGCAAUGAUGAGAGAGACUUCCUCCUGGACAUCAUGACAUCAUUGUCACAGGAAGAAGAUGUGGGCAAUGACGACUCUGAAGGGGACUUCGACUGCAGCCUGCCUGACUACAGCCGGUCUCUCCGAGAGUUUAUUGCCAAAGAGCAGUGCUAGCCUGAUAUCUCAAGCUCUGCGAUGG